AUGGAGAUGUCAACUCGAAUUUCUUUCUUCCGGGGUGUUGAUUCAUUGGAAGUGCAUGCCAACGUUUUGGAGGUCGUCCAUCAAGAAAAAACAUUGCGUUUUGCUUAUCCAGACAAUUCGGAUGGUCGCAAAUUUGCGGUGAAAAUGGAUAAGAACGUCCGCGUUUUUCUACCAGAAAUGACACUUGAGUAUCAAAGCGAAGGCGUUUGGCUUCGUACUGAGGUGGUCGGUUUCUGUGCUGAAUUCAUCGACAUGGUGAAAUUUGCUGCCUUUCUCACAAAAUUGUCCAAUAUUGCCGGUUAUCAGCAGUUGGUUGUAUCAGAUGGCGAUUCAUCCCAAGAAAUGGAAGAAGACGAAGACGAUUCGCAAAGUGAUCAAUCGGAUGAAUACAUCUCGAUGAAUCCUGAAUACAGCAUCUUGAAAGACUACACUGCAAUGGCUGUGACUCCUCAGCAUAUCGAGCUGGUUGUCGCCGGAAAGACACUGCGUUUUGCACACGGACCUCUGGUUCCUCGUCCGCUUCCGCGUCCUCUUCCGCAUGGUCGUGGUCGUGGUGCUGGUGCCGGUGCUCAAGGGGCUCCAGGCUAUGAAUACAGAAAGGCUCGAACACAGCCUAAGGACAAAUGGAUGGCCUACGUCAUCCCAGGCGUGAUUCUACAGGACUUGGCAAACCAACAAUACGUGGAUGUCUUUGAGGUCGACCUAUAUAUUGAAUUCGACAACGGUGAUCUUCACAGCGACUUACUACUGGCUCUCAAGGCGAACAACUAUUUUGCCAAGAAA